GUGGCUCGAUCGGAGUUCGUCGGAUGGCCCGAGGUCAGAGUUCGAAGAUCGGCUUGAGACUAAGGCUCCUUGUCGCACUGUCGAUCGCCCCGAUCUUCUGUCGCCGUGGACUCUAAUUCCAGCCGUCAGGAAUGGUUCUCGUCGCUGGCAGUCGGACGUGCACUCGAACUCACCGGAACGUCUCAAAACACCGAUGAGACUCACGGACGAUGUGACGUUGGAACGGAGAGAGAGAAUUUGUGACUCAAGGUCGCGGCUCGGGCGCGCUCAAAUCUUUUCGCCGGAGGUUUCUUUGUCACUGGCGACCCGUUGCAUAGGUCGCCGGAAAUGGUUAGCUCUCGAAUUUUGCUGGCAUUUUAAGGAGUUCUCUUAA